AAGUGUGGAAAGAAGGAAACGAAAAGAAAGACAAUGGAAGCACGUGACCUGCCAAACCAAAACACUCUGCGUCUGCACUCUUUUUCCUUUUCGCAUACCCAAAGCAGCCAAAGCAUCGGACACCCAAUACCCAUAAUACCCAUACCCAUACCCUUACCCACAAUUCUUCUUUCCCCCCCUCAAUCCCCAGUAUCCAUCCAUUCUUUCAUUCCACUCCAAUCUUUUCUCUCUUUUAUUAUUAUUUUUCUUUUUUCGAAAAAGCUGCUUUCUUUCUAUUAGAGAAAAAAGAAAACUGGCUUCAUUUUGUAAAGUGGGUUUACAUCGAUCCUCGGCUGUUUCUUACGGACUCUGUUUAUUUGUUUGCUUGUGUGCUGUGCCGAAGCAGCCAGCAGGGGGGGUUGCGUUGAGUGGGUUUUCUUUUUGCUACUGAACUCAAGAAACAAGAUUAUGGUUGUGGAAUCAUUGAGGAGAGGAUUGCCCAACAACAUACCCGCUUGGAUUUUGUGGGGAGUCCCCAACACGUAUACAAUCACAUUCUCCAUUCUCAGAUCUCUAGGAUCUCACACUUUCAUCUUCCACCUAUUACCAAUUUCUCUUCCACUUCUGCUUCCUCUCACCCUCGCCCUCACCUCCCAUUCAUUCAACCUCUAAACCAAAACCCCUCCCUCCUACGAACUCCUGACCUAUCUGGACAAUGGCGUCUCUGCUUUUUCUUCAUACAUAGCAUCCGCUCGACUGACAAUUUACUUUACGCAAAAUAAGUUAUGGAACCACCUCUUGUGUUAUGCAAACCGGUUUUUGUAGUUUUGGCACUCCUCCAACUUGCUUCUGCUACGUUAUCUCCUUCUGGCGUAAACUACGAAGCUAGUUUAAUUGGACCUGUCUUGUAUCUGGGAAUUGAAUUUUCAAUUUUCACUUUUCUGGAAAUUUGAACAGUCGUAGCUUUGAUGGCCAUAAAAAAUGAUUUAUUAGAUCCCCACAAUGUUUUGGAGAACUGGGAUUCUAAUUCCGUGGAUCCUUGUAGCUGGAGAAUGGUCACCUGCUCUCCAGAUGGAUAUGUUUCUGCUUUGGGGCUACCUAGCCAGAGUUUGUCUGGGGUCUUAUCACCGGGGAUUGGAAACCUCAGUAAGUUGGAAUCAGUGUUGCUUCAGAACAAUGACAUUUCAGGACCAAUUCCUGCAACCAUUGGAAAGUUAGAGAACCUCCAGACUCUUGAUCUCUCCAACAAUGUAUUUAGUGGCCAAAUACCCAGUUCCCUUGGAGACUUGAAGAAGCUGAACUAUUUGCGACUGAAUAACAACAGCCUAACUGGACCUUGUCCUGAAUCUCUAUCCAAAGUUGAAGGUCUCACGCUCGUGGACCUUUCAUACAACAACUUGAGUGGCUCCUUACCCAAAAUAUCAGCAAGAACGUUCAAAAUUGUUGGUAACCCUCUGAUCUGUGGUCCAAACAACUGUUCUGCUAUCUUUCCAGAGCCAUUGUCGUUUGCCCCAGAUGCUCUUCAAGGAAAUUUGGGGUUUGGUAAGAGCCACAGCAAGGCAAUUGCUUUUGGGGCAAGUUUUAGUGCUGCUUUUAUUGUUUUAGUCCUUAUUGGAUUACUUGUCUGGUGGAGAUACAGACACAACCAGCAGAUUUUCUUUGAUGUAAAUGAUCAAUAUGACCCAGAGGUACGUUUGGGUCAUUUGAGAAGGUACACGUUCAAGGAACUUCGGGCAGCAACUGAUCACUUCAACUCUAAGAAUAUCUUGGGAAGAGGUGGGUUUGGAAUUGUGUACAAGGGAUGUUUAAAUGAUGGGACUCUGGUAGCGGUUAAAAGGCUGAAGGAUUAUAACACCGCUGGUGGGGAGAUCCAAUUUCAGACUGAAGUAGAGAUGAUAAGCUUAGCUGUACACCGAAAUCUUCUCAAGCUUUUUGGCUUUUGUUCUACUGAGAGUGAAAGACUUCUGGUUUACCCAUUCAUGCCCAAUGGCAGUGUUGCAUCUCGUCUAAGAGAUCAUAUCCAUGGGCAGCCGGCUCUAGAUUGGGCAAUGAGAAAGAGAAUAGCCUUGGGCACAGCUAGAGGAUUGGUGUACUUGCACGAACAGUGUGACCCCAAAAUCAUCCAUCGUGAUGUGAAGGCUGCCAACAUUCUCCUUGAUGAAGACUUCGAGGCUGUUGUUGGAGACUUUGGGUUGGCCAAGCUUUUGGAUCACAGGGAUUCUCAUGUAACUACAGCGGUGCGUGGCACUGUUGGCCAUAUUGCCCCAGAAUACUUAUCAACAGGCCAAUCGUCAGAAAAGACUGAUGUUUUUGGGUUUGGAAUCUUGCUUUUGGAGUUAAUUACUGGUCAGAAGGCUCUGGAUUUUGGUCGAGGAGCAAACCAGAAAGGCGUGAUGCUCGAUUGGGUGAAAAAGUUGCAUCAGGAAGGAAAGCUGAAUAUGAUGGUGGAUAAGGAUCUAAGAGGUAACUUCGACAGAGUUGAGUUGGAGGAAAUGGUCCAGGUUGCGCUGUUAAGCACUCAAUUCAAUCCUUCUCACCGACCCAAAAUGUCUGAAGUAUUAAAAAUGUUGGAAGGCGAUGGUUUAGCUGAGAAAUGGGAAGCAUCACAGAACGUUGAAACGCCACGAUACCGACCGUGCGAGAAUCCCCCUCGACGGUACUCAGAUUAUAUAGAAGAAUCUUCUCUGAUAGUAGAAGCCAUGGAGCUUUCAGGCCCUAGAUGACAGCCUUCACUUUGUUUCUUGUGUAAUUCCUUCUUACAUCAUUAUUAACUUGCAGUUGCAGAGAAGAGUGAGUGGGGGUUGAUGGUGUUGGUUUCAUGCUUGUGUAAUUCUUCUGUAAAAAAGAAACGAGAGAGAGAGUAAUGCUAAGCUGUUUUGUUAAGAAAUUUCUUGUUCAACCCAGCUUAGAAGUUCACUUCUGGCACAUGGAACGACAUGUCGUUUGUUAAUUAAUUAGUGUUCACUCGUGCUCCUCCCAUUCAUUCAUUCAUCCAAGGCCCAGCCCAUAUCUAUGUUCAAGUGGGUCCUCCUGCCCAAUGCAGAAUUUGUUGAGAUGGCGGAAUCAGAGUCGAAUUUAUAAAACGGUCAGGGCACGUGUCCUUCUCACAUCCUGAUGUUUUACAUAUAUGUAUUUCUUUUGUUUUUUUGUUGAAUAUAAAAAUCUGCAGUUGUAUAUUAAA